GAUCGCAUUAUCUAAUUAAUUUGUUAAUUGUUCCUAACAAGUCUUCACCAUCAUUAUGGUUGCUUUGUUUUCCCCUCCAGUGUUCUCAACCAAGGGAUGGCUCUUAGAAGAGGAUCCAUUAAGCUAUGAUGUGUCCUCUGAGUACUCAUUUCCCUAUCAAUUUUAUUCACCACAGACACAGAUUGAGCUUGAAAUUGAAAGGUCCACUUCUCCAUCCCCUGAAGACCCUGCCAUGGUCAAAAAGCUUAGCCACAACGCUAGUGAACGUGAUCGCCGCAAGAAGGUCAAUCACUUGGUUUCUUCACUUCGUUCACUUCUUCCAGUGGCUGAUCAAACGAAAAAAAUGAGCAUUCCGACUACAGUUUCGCGAGUCAUAAAAUACAUACCCGAGUUACAACAGCAAGUGGAAGCACUAUCUAAGAAAAAAGAGGAUCUUUUGUGCAGAAUUUCUCGGCAAUUGCAAGGAGAUGCAGUGAACAAAGAUUCUCAAAGGAGAAUUUCCCACCACAACUCUGAUUUUGUUGUUUCAACAAGUAGGCUCAACGAUUGUGAAGCUGUUGUUCACAUUUCCUCUUAUGAGGCUCACAAGGCUCCACUAUCCGAGAUCUUGCAAUGUUUAGAAAAUAAUGGCCUUCUUCUGCUAAAUGCUUCUUCCUCUGAAACCUUUGGAGGAAGGGUCUUCUACAACUUGCAUUUCCAGGUGGAAAAAACUCAGAGAUUAGAGUCCGAGAUUCUAACUGAGAAGCUUUUGUCAAUAUAUGAGAAGCAAAGGAUUUUCUAAUCAAACUAAAGUUGGCCCUAAUUAUGUUGAUCAAACCAUCUUAAGUGCUCUGAUGUUAAAUUUUAGGAGUUAAAGAAAGAAUGUUGUAUAAACAUAAUUGUCUUCACGACUCAUAUGAUACUCGUGACAAAAGACAUACUCAGCAACAACUUGAGGAACAUUAACAACUGGCUCCUUAAUUUUGGUGCACCAGCAAGCACUGCAACAACCUUUCUGAUCUUUGCCAUGCUCUGUGAGCAAAGGCAGUGGUCGUGCUCACCCAUGUCUAGAUGCACUAUGGGCAUCAGUGACAUCAAUCGCUCUUUGAUGUGAACUCUCGUCCACUCUACAACCACCAAUUAUCAUAGGUGAAGUCAUUUUGUACAUGAAAGUUAAAAAAUAAGAUGUUAGGCCGAUUUUAUUUAAUGUAAUUGUGUGUAAUAAAA